AUGGCACUGUGGAGGAUAAUGCUAAUUUUUGUACUACUAUGCUAUUCAUGCAGUAUAGUGCACAUGAAGUUGUUGACGAAGAAUACGGUAUUAUUAGAUGAUGAAUUGGACGCGUCUGAGUUGAUUGAUCGUUUUCUGGAGAGAGCGAAACAAAACACGCGACAUCACAGGGCACACCGAUUGCCACGACGACAUCGUUUGUCAAUAUCGACACAACAACUUACUCAUAUUGACGCAUAUGGACGAGAGUACGUCAAGUGUCGUAAGAGUAUGCCUAACUUUCGCUCCGUGAUUAAACGAUGCUACCGACCUCCAUCAGACGAUAUGAGAGUUGGUUGCUAUGCUGUUUGGGACAUGAAAAGUGAAGCAUUAGUGCAAGAUUGUUGGGUUCAGCAAGCAAUUUCUAUGAAUAAUUGUGGACAUCGAAAAUGUAUUGCUGACAAAAGCACAUUUUGUUGUUGUUAUGGUCAUAUCUGCAAUAGUCGGCUUGAAUUACUCGAAAAUAUGUCGAGUUCAGCAGAAUAUUCGUGA